AUGGCCUCCUCUCGCGACGGGGAUCGCGCACCAGACAAUGGUGGAAAUGGUGUUUAUCCAGCGGGCUACUGCACACACAAGGCCAAGUUUCCCGCUCCCAACACUGCCAUCUGGUGCUGCUGUCCCCUCCCAGGCGAGCACCCACCUGCUUCUUCUUCUCUCUCAAGCGAGCUGUCGCAGCCACGCGCGCACCGCAUCUGGAGGAACAUGUGGCUUGCAUUCGGCGUCAAGUUGUUCCACCAGACCGGCGUGGACGGCGUGGAGGCUUAA